AUGGCUGGAGACAAGGAAACUCAAAGUACAGCUGGUAAUUUGGAUUCGACUAACCCAGUGUACAUGCACCCAUCGGAGAGUGCCGGAACGACGCUAGUGCCUGUUGUUUUUGACGGAACUGGAUACAGAUCCUGGAGAAGAGGAGUCCUUAGGGCUUUUUCAGUAAAGAACAAAGUUGGAUUCAUCACAGGAAAGUGUAAGAAGCCUAACACUGAUGAAGCGACCUACGAUCAAUGGGCUCGUUGCAAUGAUAUGGUUACAUCGUGGAUUUUGAAUUCACUCUCAAAGGAUCUAGCUGAUAGUCUACAAUAUGUCAACGACGCUAAGGAGUUAUGGCAAGAGUUAGAAGACAGAUAUGAUCAGACUAAUGGAGUGAAAUUUUAUCAACUGCAAAAGGAAAUUAGUGACCUUAGUCAAGGGGCUUUGGACAUCACAGGGUAUUACACGAAAAUAAAACGACUUUGGGAGGAAUUGAACACCUUGAAUGCACAUGCACAAUGCAAUUGCCAAUGUACUUGUGGUGCAAAGGCAAAUAUGCAUAAAGCUGAGCAGGAUCGAAGACUAAUUCAGUUCCUAAUGGGCCUAAAUAAAGUUUAUACAGUUGUGAGAGGUAGUAUAUUGAUGAUGAAUCCAUUGCCCAGCAUAGCUCAGGCUUUCUCUAUCCUUAUCUAG